GAGCACCACCACCACCACCACCACCGCCGCCUCUCCAUCUCCUCGCAGCCGCUCCUCGUUGCGUCUGCUUCCGCCUGCGCACCCUCUCUCUCGCCCUCUCUCCGGACCCGUCUCUGUGCCCGUCUGCGCGCCGCCUGCUCCACCUGCACCUGCCUCCGAGUGCCGAUUUUUUGGCCGAUCCACACGCGCGCGCCCCGCCGCACGCGCCCACACGCUCCCGCGCGAAAGCCUCCGCCGCCGGCCCCUGUCCGUGCCCGCAUUCGCACCGCAUCCUCGCCCACACCCGGGCUCGACGGAUCACCCCCUCUCGCCGCCUCAUAAAGGCACCCUCGCACCGGCACCGGCCAGCUGCGACCCCACCUUCUCUCCUCCGGACCACCACCGGCGCGGCCCACCAUGAGCGCGCCCAACCAGCAACAGCACAAGAACAUGCUCGGCCACUGCAUCGCCGACGGGCGCCUCGAGCUCGUCUCGGUGCUCGGCCUCGGCGCGUACGGCGUCGUGUACCUGGCGCGCGACCUGCAGCACCCGCUGCACCAGCAGCCGUACGCCUCGUCGUCGCGCAGCGGCGACUCGCUGCCCACGGCGCUCGCGUCGUCGCACGGCGCCGCGGCCAGCGGCUACUACGCCGUCAAGUGCCUCAACAAGGUCGGCCUCGACGAGCGGCAACGCACCUUCCAGCGCCGCGAGAUCACCCUCCACGCCCUCGCCUCGCAGCACCCGUCCGUCGUGACGCUGCACCGCGUCAUCGACACCGACGACGACCCGUGCGUCUACGUCAUCAUGGACUACUGCCCCGACGGCGACCUCUUCAGCAUGAUCACCGAGCGGCAACGCUACGCCGUGGCACAGCCGCCGGCCAUCAAGAGCAAGUCGUCGCGCUCGCGCUCGCCGUCGCAGGACGCCGCCGUCGCCGACGUCUUCGACGGCGAGGACCCGGCCUACUGGCGCGAGCGCGUCGAGAUGGACAAGAUGGUCAAGAGCGUCUUCUUCCAGAUCCUCGACGCCGUGCAGUACUGCCACACGUACGGCAUCUACCACCGCGACCUCAAGCCCGAGAACAUCCUCUGCCUGCAGGACGGCGCCCGCGUCGUCCUCGCCGACUUUGGCCUGGCCACCGGCGACCGCGACAGCUCCGACUUUGGCUGCGGCAGCACGUUCUACAUGGGCCCCGAGUGCCAGGGCGGCAUCACGACGCGCCUCGCGCGCUACGACACGGCCGCCAACGACGUGUGGUCGCUCGGCGUCAUCCUCGUCAACCUCGUCUGCGGCCGCAACCCGUGGAAGCAGGCGUGCCCGGCCGACGAGACGUUCCGCGAGUACCUGCGCAACCCCAACUUCCUCCAAGACAUCCUGCCCAUCUCCGACGAGACCAACGAGCUGCUCAAGCGUGUCUUCACGGUGCGCGAGGACUGGCGCUGCUCGGUGGCCGAGCUGCGCAAGAUGGUCGAGAACAUCACCCGCUUCACCGCCACGCACGCCGAGAUGGCCUCGCGCCAGGAGGCCGCCCGCGUGGCCGCCGACCGCGCUCGUGCUCUCACGCACGCCCAGCAGAACGCCCGGGCGCUCGAGCAGCAGCAGCAGCAGCGCCAGGCCGAGGCCGAAGCCGCCCUGCGCGAGCAGGAGUACCUGCGGACGCCGGCCAACGGCUUCGCUCAGGCACUCGACCUCGACGAGGAGGAGGACGAGGACGUCUACGACGACUACGACAACUGGAGCGAGGUCGGCGAGACGUCGUUCGACGCCGUGCACGUCGAGCAGCCGUCGCAGGUCUCGCGCCAGCCGUCGUGCGAGGUCGACUGGGCCCAGCACCCUAUUGCUGCGCAGCCCGGCACCGUGCGGCGUGCUCUGAUCUCGGAGGCAUCCGUCGCCCGCGACACCCGGGCGUCCUCGACGCCAUCGUCGCGGACCAACGGCCACUCGGCCGUGCAGCCGCCACUCUCGCCGACGUCGUCGGACCGCAGCUCGCCACGGUCGGCGUGCGACAGCGACAGCACGCCCGACAGCUCGAGCCUCAGCGCCUCGAGCCGCCGCAGCUCGGCCUCGUUCACCGGCCUGCCGCCGACGCCGCGCUUCAACGCCGCCGAGAUCGCGCCGCCGGCCAAGGGCGACCACAUGGACGUCGACUUCCGCCUCGACGCGCUGGCCAUCCGCAACGGCGGCGGCUAUGGUCCGCGCGAGCUGCCCGACGACUGCGAGCUGCCGUUCGCCAAGAUCGCCAAGCAAUCGCCGCUCGAGUGCGAGGGCGCCGUCAAGAUCCCGCGCUCGCCGCGCCGCGACUGCUUCCGCAACGACGCCUCGCCGCCGUCGCCGACGUCGCGCAAGGUCCGGCGUGGCCUCGCCGACGACACCGCCUCGGUCGCCUCGAGCACCAGCUCCUCUCGCACCGGGCUCAGCGCCGACGACAUGAGCCUCUACCGUGGCGAGCGGCAGGCAUCCAAGCCGGCCGUCGCCGGCGACCUCGACGUCUUCAGCCGCGCCGCCGAUGUCUUCGACCAGUUCAGCUUCGUCGCCCCGCCCGCGCCCGUGGCUGUCGAGACCACCAGCCGCUUCGCCACCAUGCCCGGCCGGCGCGCGGCGCCGUCGCCCGCCGUGUCCAAGCACCACCAGCACCAGGCCGCCGUGCAGCAGGCCGUGCGCCGUGCUCGCGGGCAGGUCAGCAACCUGGCGCUGGCCUUCCAGCGCCCGCACCACCUCUUCGGGCAGCGCGCCGGCGGCCCGCAGUGAUCCAUCGAUACCCUUCCUUCUCGCGUCUCCCUGUCCGUAUUACCUCCAGCUCUAUCCAGCCAGCGUCCCCCGCGCCUCUCCUCGUCGGCUCCAUUCAGCCUCCGCGCGCCCGCUCGCCCACAUUGUAUCCGACUCCUUGCAUUCCUGUGCUGCCUCGAUACCACCCUGUAGCAACUCUCUGUGUCCUUCCCGUCUACCCGCAUGUCGGGCCCGCUGGGCCCCGGACACCUCUCUUCCUCGCACACGGCACGGCGCCAGCGUCCUGCAAUGCACAC